AUGUUGAACACCACAGUAACCGUAACACACACCUCCCCCAUCCCCUCAACCCUCUCUCGCGAAGACGCCCUAGCCCUCAUCCACGACGCGGAGCACCACAUCAAAUGCGACCCCAACAUGAAGGACUACACGGCCCGCACGCCCGCCAUCCCGCCCACCGUCCCGAAAGACAUUGACCCCGUCGCCGCGACGCAGUGCUUCUCCGUCACCGACAGCGUGCCCUCGAUGCUGCCCAAGGCCAUCUGGAGCGGCGACGCCGUCAGCGACUACGAUUUCACGUUUACGAAAGACGGCAGCUUCGUCCGCACGAGCUGCCCUCUCAGCGUGCUGCUCGAGACGCGCUGGCGCGUAAAGGAUGCCGAGGGGGCGGAGGGUGAGGGCGCGUUGGAGCUGGAGGAGGUUGUUGAGAUUCGGUGCUCGAGGCUCUUGGCUGGGGUUGUCAAGUCGCAGUGCGAGACGAAUUGGAAGGAUUUCCACAAGAAGAUUCUGCAAGGAAAGGCGGCUUGA